AUGCAAAAGAAGCUCUCGAAAAUUAAAGAAACAUUUGAUAAGUUAAAAAAUUACACCUAUAAGUUUAUUGUCACGACACCUGAAUAAGGUACAAAUUCAGAAUUUUCAUGCAAGUUAUUUGUGAAUUCAUUAUUGAUUUCAAAUGGGUUUGGUAAAAAUACAAAAAUUGCAAAAUAAUAAUGUGCUGAUAUAGGAUAUGAUGAAUUAAUGAAAAAGGAUUGGGAAUUUGCUGAAAAAAAUAAUUUUAUUAUCCCCAAAGAUGAACACUAUCAAAAUCUUCUGUCUUUAAUAUAAAAGAUCAAAUAAGAGCUUCAUAUUUAGAAGGAUUUAGAAGAAAAAAUCGAAUAAUCGGAUGGUUAUAAGUAAUGUCAUUUGGAGUUUGAUAAUCUCAAGAGUGAAGGCUUUAGUUUUAUUGAGUCUAAUGCUAGAAAAACUAGUGCUUAUAAUUUGAUCUAGGCUAUUUUUGAGAAAUAUCGUAAUCUGUAACACCAUGAUAAUAUUAAUUCUUUAUAAUAGAAUCAUUUUGGUAGAUAAUCUGGUUAAGUUUCUUAAGAUUCUUUUAAAAAGGUGAAAUUAGAAUAUAAUGAUAACAUCUAUUAAAAUACUCCUUUAAGAUUUAUCAACAAUUUAUAGAAUAAUUAGCAGACAUAAAUAUAAGUAAUUUAACAAAAAAUCGAGAUUCCAGAGGCUGCACAGGUAUUUCCUGUAUAUUAAAAUGUUCAUUUGGAUAAAAAUUAAAUAAAUGAAAAUAAUACUCUUUGUUUUUAAUUAGCAAAAUAACUUCAAUUAAAUAAUGAGUCUUCUUUUAUUUUUUUGAUGUUUAUAUAGCAAUUAAAUGGAUUCAAUUUCCAAAUUGCUGGAUCGUUUAUAUCCAAAUCAAUUAGAAUCACUAAACCGGAAUUAGAUAUAAUUUUAUAAAUUUCUGAUUAGAAUGAGAUUAAGUUUUAAAAGCUUUUAUAAGAUUCAGAGACUGAAUUUAGAAUUCAAAAAGAAAACAACGUCAUAAUUUUGUCAUAUAAUAGUUAACCAAUAUAAACAAGAUUAAAAAUUUAAGUACCAUCUCUUAAGAUUAAAUUGUAUUGCUAUUACAAUUACAAUUUAAUUGAUGAGUAGCAUUCCUCACAUUCAAAUGAGAUGAGUUAAUACAGUUAGAAAUAUGAUUAAUUAUAUUUUUCUUCAUUAUCUUUAUGUCUUGCUCAUUAAUGGAGAGAUGAUAAUUUGGAGUUAUUGCCAAAAUAAGUAUUCUAUAGUUACAAUAUUAUUUUUAGCUUUUAGAUUAUUUAGUAGUUUAAACAACUAAUUAAUUCAAUUAUUUGAACUCGCCAUACUAGGUUCUUUGCUAAAUAAUCUAUCUCUUAAAAAUAGGAAUUCUAGAUGAAUUGAGUUAGGGAAACUAGAAUGAAAAAGAGUUGAAUCCUUUUUUAUAAUCAAUUGGUUCUUUUUAUUUAGAGUUGAUACAUAAUAUAUCUGAUGAGACAUUGCGUCAAAUAAAAUAAAUUGCAGGAUAGUGGAAUAAAUAAUAAAUUAAUAUUUGGGUGAAGAAAUACAUUUGA